AAGGCAGUACGAUCCAAAGCGUCGUUUUACGGUUUUGUGCAACAGCGACGGAUCGGUUUACGGUUGUUGUUACAUUUCGUCUGAGGAACGCCACAUGUUCGAUAAAAUGUCUCACUAAUGAGACAGUUCACUCUUAGAAAUAUUUGAAAUUUUCAGAAGCAAUCAUGAUGCUCUCUAACCUUGUUGACGGCUUCAAUGAAAUUCUUAAGAUUCAAAAGUUUCGACGAAUUGUCUCAUACACUGGAUUCUAUUGCUUUGUAGCUGUUUUGAGCUACGCCUAUGCAAACAAUACAACUAGAGCUGGGUAUUCAAGGGCUGAUCAAUUCUAUGCUUCUUAUCCUGCUGGAACGGAGCUUUUAACUGACACUGCUAAGUUAUACAAAGCAGCAUUAGGCAAUUGCUUUGAGUCAGAGGAAUGGGGCCCCAUUGAGUUCUGUGUCAUGGCUAAACACUUCGAGCGUCAAGGGAAAUCCCCAUAUGCCUAUCAUGCGCAAUACAUGGCGCACCUCCUUUCUCAUGGUCAACUAGAUGGAAGUGGCUAGGUGGUAAGUUCAAGAAA